AUGAAUCUAAAAAGACCAUCGGAGCUCUACAAACACCUAAGAGUUUCCAAGAGACAUAUCCUGGGAAAAUCCCAUGAUGACGUCGUUACAUCACUCCCAAAAGACAAUGAUGCCCCAGAGCUAGAGUCACGACUUCAAUUCCAUAAACAAUUUAUGAUCGGAGCGCAAAAUAACAGAGUAGGGUUAGGAUCAAGUAGGAAAGUCCAAGAUACGGAUAUAUUGAAGUCUUUUAUUCGGCAAGACGAGAACGAUAAAUACAAGAUCCAUGCAAUGAGUUUAGAAAUGCAGAACGAUUGGUUAGACAUAGGAGAUUUUUGCAUUCCACUAGCACUAAAAUGGCGCACCCUAAUUCAUGACUGGUCGCCAGCCUUGCUAAAAUUUUAUCUCAAUGCGUUCCAGAUGACUCUCCCAGAUCAGAGUAAUUUAGUAAGAUGGGGUAAAGGUACCGAAAAAACUUGCUAUAUCUGCGGAAAGGCAGUUGGAACUGCCAAGCAUUUGCUGGUGGGAUGUAAGGUUCUCCUGGACAGCGGUCAAUACUCGCGUCGUCACGAUAGGGUUUUAGAGAUCAUACGUUUUGUGAGAGAGGGCACCAGGGCUAUAAAAUCAAACGUCAAGCCUUACUCUAUCCUUAAAGCGGCUUCGGAUUGGACUAUCAUGAUGGAUACGUAUGAGAAACAAUACAAAAUCCCCGAGGAUAUUUGUGCGUCGGCCUCCAGACCAGACAUAUUUCUAUAUUCGCGUAUUUUAAAGCGCGUUGUGAUGAUAGAGCUUACGGUGCCUUGGGAAACCAACAUCCCCAAAGACCAUGCCAUCAAGGUCAAUAAGUAUUACGAGCUCACUAACGAACUAAAUCGAAAUAGGUUCGUCGUUGAUUUGUACGCGGUAGAGGUGGGAGCGAGAGGUAUAACAGCUAAAUCUCUCUAUAACCUACUAAAAGACUUGGGCCUGUCCAGAACUAACAUUAAUUCAUUCUUAGAACGUACGACGAAGGCAGCCCUAGUAGGUUCUUUUCAAAUUUGGUUAGGUAGGGAGAGGAACUUGGACAGUGGAGGUGUUAUACAGGUGUGGUCGGCGCCUGGUGGAGAGACUCGACUUCCAUGCGACCUGGCAGCUGCAGUCCACGAUGUUGCGAUGAUGAUGUGGUUCAAAGACGGUGACAGGAUGCCGAUAUAUACAGUUGACUUUAGAAACGGCCACCCAGUACAUUGGGCGGUAGCUGGAGAGUUCGGGACUCGAACCCACUUCGCUCUCAACGAAUCCGAUCCUUCAUCAGCCCACCUCGCCGUUGACAAGGUGGCUCGCUAUGAUGAAGGCCUCUACAGAUGUAGGAUAGACUACGUAGAUUCACCGACACGAAAUUAUAAAGUUAAUUUAACUGUCAUUGUGCCUCCGGAUCCUCCGCGAAUAUACGAUUCCGAAGGUCGGGAGAUUUUAGGAACGACCGUGGGGCCAUUCCGGGAGGGACAGGAUUUGCUGCUAUCCUGUCAAGCAUCCGGGGGUAAGCCCCCACCCGACGUGUCUUGGUACCGAGGCGAGGAACGACUGGCGAUUACUCGGGACGGUAACGUGUGUCAGAUACAUUUACCUUCACUGUCCCGGGAGAUGGCUGGGGUGAAGCUGCAGUGCAAAGUUGAGCCACCGCUGCUGCAACCACAAGUCAGGGACGUCACUAUUAAGUUAUACUUAAAACCGCAAUACAUCCGCGUCUCUGGCGGAGGAGCUACGAGGGCAGGUCGAGAGCGUGCAUUCUCAUGUUCAACUCGAGGAUCAAAACCACCUCCUAACAUAGACUGGUUCAUUAAUUCACAAAAGAUCGACUCUUCGCUUACACAGGUCGAAGUGGACGGCGAUGUAACGAAAAGCAUAUUAACCUGGCGAGUUAGAAGAGAAGACAGCGGCAGGCAGCUAGUCUGUCGAGUGUCGAAUCCUUGGUUCCCAGCACAUACUUUAGAAGACGCUCUAAAUUUAGAAGUUCUAUAUCCUCCGAUAUCACAAAUAUCAUUAGUAGAACCGAAGGAGCCGCGUCUUUUGAGAGAAGAUGAAGAUGCUGUUCUGCUAUGCUCAGCAGACUCAUCGCCACCAGCUUAUAAUUUCACCUUUUAUAAGGGUACAGAGGACCACCUUUUACGAGACGAUCCGAUAGGUGGUAUAUCAGUGGAAGGAAACAAAUUAGUUCUGCGAGGACUGAGGAGACAUCACUCAGCCAGAUACCGCUGUCGAGCUUGGAAUUCAGAGGGCAGUGGUCUCAGUGAACCGCUGGCUAUAAAUAUUUUAUCCCGUCCUGAAUGCUCGGCUGGUAGUGUUGUCCAACAAUUAGCUGCAGCUCCCGAGGGUGAAGUACGAGCUCGCUGUUCAGUCUCCGCUCCUUCACCACGAGACGCCGGGCCUUUGAGGUUCUACUGGACCUACAAUGGGACCAAGGACGUUUUACCUAUUCCAGCAUCUAAUGUCACGGUAAUGGGAUCAUCAAGCACAGUUGUCCAUGGCUUGUCUUCAUUAGAUGACGAUGAAGAUUUAGGUUGGUUGGCUUGCUGGGCCAGCAAUGAUAUAGGAAACCAAAGAGAACCUUGCUUAUUCAGGAUAAUGCCAGCAGCUUUGCCGGAACCUCCUCGAGAUUGCACCAUAGAAAAUGAGUUUCUGCGCUGUCUCGCUGGACAUGAUGGUGGGCUACCACAGCGUUUUCUGCUUGAAGCCCUUGAGGUGCGACGCGAGCCCGUUCGAGAUGAAUCAACUAUGAAUGAUCAGGGCAUCUCAGGACGUGGUCUGACUGAAGCCGUGUACAGAGCCAGUAACGACGUAACUCCACAGUUCGCGUUAGAUGCGUUAUCUCCAGGACGAUACACAUUCCUAGUAUACUCUGAGACACCUCGUGGGAGAUCUCAGCAUCCAGCAGCGUUACAUAGUAUACCAAUUAGGACUUCUGAUGAUUUGGAUGUUCCAGGCUCCCUACAAACGAUGACACCAGCUCCACCAAUGGUUCCACAAACUGAUAAUAGCAUAGCUCUCCUAGUUGGAGCGGUGCUGUCUCUCAUCCUCGUCACCAUAUUGACCACAUUAUGCGUAACUUUGGUCAUCGUAUGCAAGAAGAAGCAACGUCCUCAAAGGGAUCCUGAACAAAACACGAUUCUCCGUAGAAGUGUUGGCGUGUCUAUGUACGGUGGGUCAUCAUUAUCACAGAGUGUGAUGCCCACUGUGGUAGUGAGAGGUCAUCGUGGUUCGCGUGUGCUAGCUGCGCGUUGGUCCGGAGUGAUCAGUGAUGCGCCGCUGGCUGUACUCGCACUCGACGACACUCCGAAUGGUAAAGAGGACUUAUAA